AAAUGUGUCAGAAUAAUCAAAUGUUAUUUCCAUGGCAAUAUUGAAAACUUGCGCUGCACUACCUGACGUGAUAAGUGGAUUCAAACUCAAUGCUGUUAAUCUAUGAAAUUCAUUUCAAAGUUGUCUCCGAAUCUCCGAUCGAGUUACAAAUCCAAGACCAAAAAUGUUCUUAUCUGAGAGAUCAGCUAGAUCAGCGAGAUGAACUAAACCCACUCUGCAUCUAAUCCGCUAAGGAAGGUCUGAGGAGCUCCCCACAAUGACGUCACUGCAUUCUUACCGGAAUGGUGGAUUUCCACCAGCUAAUAAAUUACUGGAUAAGAUUUGGCAUCAUGAAGACUAUAAGCGACACAAGAAAAAGUUAAAAAACGUAAAGCCUUUUCUUGAAAUUACACCGCCGAAGGAACAUCAGCAUCUUCAGUUGUCUGUCAAAAAAAUGCAGAUGCAGCAAGAGAGACAAGCUGCCAUUGAUCGGCAAAACCAAGUUAUUGUUACUCAGCUGAUGAAAAUCAAGCAAUCCCCUGCCAGAGUUGACAACUGGAAUACGCAGUGGAAGCCAAGCAAUGACAGGUUGAAAAGUUUCCGGGACAGAAAACAAAGAAGAAUUAAACUGGAAAAUGAGAAACAGCUUGAGAGACUGAGGAACAUUCAACCAUAUUAUGACACAGACAAAUGGGAAAAAGAUUAUAAAAAGCAUCAGUACUACUUAUGGCUGCUCGAUGGAGGAACCAAAGAAUAUGACGAAAUUGAAGACGAAGAUGAGGAAGGCGAAAGCGACGACGAAGAAAGAGAUAAACUGCCUCCUGUCGACAGCCCAGAUGGCGAGAAAGGCGGCGAGAAAAACGUAAAAAAGAAAAAGGAGGAGCAAGUGAAGUUACCGCCCAUUGAUGGAAAGAAGAAAGGCAAAGAUGGCGCCAAGAAAAAAGACGAAUAUCCAGAGCAUGUUGUGAUAAUGGAUGCCGAGGACAUUCACAAAGCCAUUGAAGAGAACGACAAAGAAAAGAUUCUUCAAAUCCUGGGUAGAGUCUCUGAAAAGAAGAAAUUGGAUAAAUUAAAACAAAAGUACAAAGAGCUUUACGAUAAGGAUUUGAUGGAGGAAGUCAAACCAAAACUAGACGAAGAAAUGCAGGACAUUUUGGAUUGCCUGGGUUCCGGUGCAGAGGAAGACGCUACAAAGCUAUACGAAGCCAUGAAGGGACUGGGAACCGAUGAAGACAUUUUGAUUGAAAUCCUGUGCACGCGGACAAACACGGAGCUGAGUGAUAUUCGAGCCGCUUACAGCAGAAAAUACGACAACUCACUAGAGACAGACCUGAAAGGAGACACAAGCGGUGACUUGGAGACUUUACUUGUCGAACUUAGCAAGGUACUAGCUACAAUUACUGUAAAAACGAAUGCAAAGAAGGGAGCGGGUGUGGCCAGUUGGGGAACUGACGAAGGAAAGUUUAUUCGUAUUUUCACUCAAAGAAGCCGUCCACAACUUGGUGCAACAUUCCCAGAGUACAAGAAAGUGAGUUAG